AUGUCGAUCCAUUCUCAGUUCAACAGCUCAUUAAGAACAGCUCGUAGAAAAGGUUUUGAAAAUGCUAGAGUAUCUUUAAUUGAAGAUGCUAACAUGAAAGCAUUUGAAAAUGAAAUUUUCGAUGGUUAUGAAUAUAAUGCAGUUUAUAAUAAUGAUGGUUCGUUAGAAUUUAGCAAUGAGAUUAGUUCAGAUAAGUCAUCUGAUAAGGGCGAUGAUUAUGAAUGUAAUGCAAGUUGUAAUAAUGAUAUUUCAUUUGAGUUUGACGAUGUAAAUAGUUUAGAUGAAUAUAAUCUGACUAGAAAUGCUAUGGAAGCUCUUUUAAAGUUAUUAAACAUACAUUAUAAUAAAAGUUUACCACUAUCUGUUAUUACACUAAAAGCUAAGUCAGGAACCUACAACCAUUCUAAAAAUUGGGUUAAAAGAAUUGAAGGAAAAAGUUCAAUGUCAUAUAUUGGUGUGAAAGACAAUUUAUUGUAUUGUAUGGACCAUCGUAAUUUAGAGUUAAAUUUAAAAAAUAAAGACGGCAACAGUGGCAUAGUAAAGUUACGGCUAUUUUUUAAUCUAGAUGGUUUGCCUUUUUUUAAAUCUUCUAAAAUUACUUUUUGGCCAAUUCUAAUGUCAUUUAGUGAUUACAAUCAUAUUGGUGUACUUCCUGUUGCUUUGCACUGCGGUGUUGAAAAGCCAAAUUUGAACGUUUAUCUUAAACAGCUGGUUGAUGAGUUGCAAACUUUGAGUGUUCCUUUUGAUUUGAAAGGAAUACAAACGGUUAUUUCUGAUGUUGACUUUAUUUGCGAUACACCUGCACGUUCAUUUGCUCUUAAUAUUUUCAAUCACAAUGCAUACUACGGAUGUGGGUACUGUAAUAUCAAAGAUGAAUUAUAUUGUUUAUCUGUACUGUGACAGUGAAGUUCUAGAAUUAAAAAAUUGUGACAUAAUAAUGCCAGAGAAGCUAAAAAAUUGGUCAAUGGAUGAUUGGAGAUCUCGUGGUCAAACAUUAACGGAGGACGAUCUUCAAAUAAAGGCAAUACAUAAGGAUUGUGUAAAUGCGGCAUGCAUAUUACAGAUAAGUAUUUUAUACACCUGUUGGAAUUGAAAAAUAAGGAGUGUUUCAGUAGUAACAUUUUUUAAAAGUAAAUUAAUCUACA